CUGCUUUGUUGAGGCUCUCGCUUGACUCUGGAUCCCUUGUGAAAACAGUGGGUGAUGGCUGACUGUCAACACAGGCUCGGAAUGUCCAGCCUUUCCUUCCUCCAGUAGCCGUCUUGCUGUGAGCUGACUCGUCUGGCACACACAGCCUCAGCCUUGUCUCCUAAACAUGUCCACUGACCCAGCCACCUUUGUGGCUGGAGUCCCUGUGAAAAUAAGUGAGAAGUAUCGACCCCCACGGAAAGUAAGCCUUCCAGCUUCUUGCCAGCACCAGAUCAACUCAGAACUUCUCACCCAAGAUUAUGACUUUGCUGUGGAGAAAACUACCCUUCUUUGGGUACAGGAAAGAAGAAACAGAACAGAAAAAGAAGAGAAAAUGCGCAAAGAAAGAAUAGCAGAAUAUGAUAAGAAAAAGGCUGAAUUGAAAGCAAAACUGGAGGAGGAGGAGAAACUGAAAAGAGAAGAGGAACUUCUCAAACAAGAAGAGGAGAAAGAGAGACUUAAAAAAGAAGAGGAGGAUAGAAUUAAAAGAGAGGAGGAUGAGGAAAUCAGAAGACUGGAAGAAGAAACCAGUCAGGAACAACAAACUCAGGAAACUGAAAAUACACAGGAAGCUGAGACUGGGGAUCAGACAGCAACCCCUGCCAGCCAGAUACAUGAUGCAAAUGGUAAUGAAGCAACACCACCUGGAAUAGGUAACCAGGGUACUGAUGAGGCUGUAUCUCAAGAAGCUCCGCAAAUUUCAUCCACUUCCACAUCAGAAGAUACUAGUUAUUGUGGUGCCAUAAGUAAUGCUAAUAGUGUUGGCAAAACUGAAAUAACUGUGUCAGGUACUACAACAUCUUAUGAUCUAAUGCUUAAACCCACUCCAAUUCCAUCUCAAAAAUCUGUGAGGUUGCCCUCUAAAACUCCAGCAAACAUCAAUUUUGCAGACUUUGAAGGAGAGGGUAAUGAUCCUUUUGACAGUGCUGCUUUGAAGUCAAUUAAUGACAUGGAAGAACUAGCUAAAGUUCUUGAUUCAUCACACAUUAGUCCAAAGCCAGUGGAAGGAACAAAUAAUCAGCAUCAUGGUCCUUCAAAAGAGGGCCAAUCAUAUCCUAAUACUUAUCCAAAUGGGCAGAUAGCAUAUGGUGCAUUUGGACAGUAUCCAUAUUAUCUGCCUUCACAGCAGCAGCACCAACAACAAUCAUUACAGCAGCAGAACAUGACACAGCCAAGGCCAGGAUUCCCACACUAUGGAAGCCAAUUGGCCAAGAAUACCCAAGUAACCAGAACAUCAACACCCUCAUCUGUAUCUGGUCCACAGUAUGCUGAGGACCCAUGCAGGACUUUUCAAAAUAAAUAUUAUCCCCAGCCAUGGAAUAGUGGAUAUACUGUAAAUAGUUCUAGUAAAACUGCACAGUUUGUGCCUUAUGAUUAUUGCCUCCAGUCUGCAAGUAUUGCAAACAGUGUAUCUAAUACAACACAGGGAAGUGUGAUGAGCCCUAGUAAUAAAACUGGAAAUUCAUCAACCCUGCCUAUUUAUACAAGUGGAGGUGGUUCUACAGUACAGUCAGUCGAGAGAGGAACAACUGUUGGUAAAAGACAAGAUCUGGAAGAUUUUUAUUCAAAAUAUUAUUCUCAAAAUAAAUCUCAUGUCCACCAAAAUCAGCAGUCAGGACUACAGUCAGGAGAAUCAACACCAAGUCACAGCAGUAGUUCAGGUGCUGCUGGAUCUACCAGUGGAUCACUGCGCUCUUGUCGCAGUGUUCCAGACUUGACAGCGGCAGAAGAUUCAGAAGUUACAAGAUACAGCAGUGGACUUCAGUCCCACAAUGACAAUCGAGGAGUCUCUCACACACCGCCUCCACGUCCCUCCAGUACUGGACUAACUGGUCUGGAGGACUGGAAGCCUUUACCAGAUAUUUCUGGACUAGCUGAAACAUCAUCCAGUCAGCAUCUGUAUCAGUCCUCACCUGUCCAGCAUCCACCUAUCUCCUCCCCACACACUCCAGUCAAGUCACGCCUUCCAGACCCAUUUGCAGAGCUGACAACAGAUGCCCAGGCUUUGGUCCAGAACAUGGCGGAGAUGGGAUUCCCUCGUCCCAGAGUAGCAAGAGCUGUUCAAAAGCUUGGCACUGAUCAUAAAAAGCUUAUUGAGGUUCUCUUAGUGCUACAGUCACUUCAAGGGAAUGGUGAAGAUGGCUACAAAGCAGAGCGUGCAUUUUACCAUUAUAUGGGAGAUGUACAAAAAACUAAGGAUCAUCUGGCAGCUGCCAAGCAGCUUCUGGAUCUAGGCUUUGAAGAGGAGCAAAUUGUUGAUGCUCUUUUGAAACAUGACAAUGAUCGGGAUAAAGCCUUGGAGGAACUCAUAGCAUAGAGAGCAGAGCACUACAGAGGCACCCACAUCAGUGUUUUAUGCACUAUUCCUCAGCCUCAGUAUAGAAGAGUCUCUGAGGUGAGUGUGUACAUGUGUAUCUUCUUAUACAAGAAGCCUGCUGGUACCUGCAACAUGCAGGUCACCUUGAUUACUUAUGUAUAGUUUCCUAAAUAUAACAUGAAAAUAUUACUGUGGUAAUUUUUUUACAGCUAGAUUAUAUUGUACUUUUAUAUCAUUUAAAAAAAUAUAGUAAUUUUUAAUGUUAACAAAUCUUCCAUGAAGAUUUAUCAUAUAAUCUUAGAGAAAUUCAUAUUAUUUUAGAGUUUAUAGUAAGCUCCUCAGAGUCCACCCAGAAUCAGGAAAAUGUAUAUAAUUAAAAUCUAGGGAAAAGAUAGCUACAUCAUAAUUCAAUAAGGUACAUUAUCUUCACUGUGCUUCCUGUUGCUUGCCUUUCAUUAUCCAUGAAUAGACACAAGAUAACAAACAUAAACCACAUCAUAUGAGGCAUAUUACAUUGGGUAGGUGCUACCUUCCAUGAUCUGAUGAAUGUCAAGAGAACUCUACAGCUUCUGAAAAUCUUAGCACCUUACACCUUUAAUUUCACUUUGUGGUAAACCAAAGAAAAUUUUUACAAAUUCAUUGUGAAUAUUGUCAUCACUGACAACAUGUUCCUGAAAUCAUACAGGAAAACAAAAGGAAAAUAGAUUAACUUGGGCUUAGAUCAUUCAGAUAUCUUAAAGAAUUUAUAAGAUGGAUUUAAAUAAGAAAAUCAGAUUAUCCUGAAUUAUACAUGAAAAGGACCAAUAAAGUAGAUACUCUGCUCCUAUAGGUUUUUCUAAACUACUACAUUUUGGAGUGUCGAUCAAAUAGGAAAAGCUAAUACCAACUUGCUGUUUUCUAUAAACCCUUUCAUGCACCAAAAGUUUAAUAAGUUUCUCUUUCCACUGCGACAUCCGUCUGGGGCUCCCUUGGGGGCCUCGUGGAAUGGCCUGACCGUGUGGCGAGAAUUUUUAUCAUGUUAUCGAUUUCACCAACGAGUAUUCUUUUUUCCUGGCUUUAUUGUAUAUUGUUGGUUUUGGAAUAGAUUAUUCUGCCUUAUGAAAGGAAAAAAAUAUCAAGAAAUGCAAAUAAAUAGCAAAGUUUACCAACUCUGAGAAAAAACAAUUUAAAGGGACAACAGUCGCGGUCACAGGCUGCCUGCUGACAGGCAACUAAACCACCAGCAAUUAUCACUUCAAAUCCAACGGCACGAGAGAGUUGACAAUUAUUUUAUUUUAUAGGUCUAGCUUGGAUCUUUGACCCCAAAAAUUUUGACGCGAUUCUGAAAGAUACUUAUUUUUGGUGAUAUUUUUAGUUUUUGACGUGAUUCAAGUCAAAAGCUCAUAUAGACGAUUCUGUUUUGACAUGAAUCGUGUUGUGGUGCGUGAAAGGGUUAAACUGAGUCAUAGGAGCUUAGAAAGUCUUGAAAAUGUGUUAUUGAAAUCAAUCAUUAGGAUGACAGCAAAGAAGGAACACUGAUGGUAUGAAAUGAUACCAUUGAAAAUAUUUUCAUUGCAUUCAUGUUAUUCAUUUGUGAGAGAGAGAGAGAGAGAGAGAGAGAGAGAGAGACUGGAUUAUGAAAAUCCAUUUACAGUGACACUGGUACAAGGAGUAAUUAACAUUGAGUAAUAAGAAUUUCCUCCUGAGCUCCCCAAUUGAAAAUAAACAUUGUUCAGUGUUCAGUGUGUGGUUAGUCAGUCCACUCCCGAGGAGUAUGAUUGCAGCAUUAGGUGAGUUUAUAAUGUGAGAAGGACAGGAAUGAGUGCUUUAGUGUAUUCUUUAAUUCAAAUUUGCCAGCUACCAGAUUGAACCCCUUUUGUAUCGAUUAUUAGCUUUAAAUUAAGCUGUAAAAUACUGUUUACUGAUGGAUGGAUGGCACGUUUCUUUGGACAAUCAGUAGCUGCCAGCUGUUGCUGAAUUAUAAUCAUUUAUAACAGGCCACUAUUGUAGGACUAUGUCUUUGCAUGUGUCACAUUGCCUUGUUCAGAUGCAGUGCCAGUUCUAGCCUUUCUGAGGUCCUAAGCUGGAUCACUUUUGGAGGUCUCACCCCCACUUUGUUCACUUUUUUUUUUUCAAUGUAUUCACCCUACAAGUUAUAUCCCUGUCCUAAGCAAAGUAAAGUAAAUAACUUGCACUGUAUAGUCUCUUAUUUUCUUUAUGACUUUUUAUUGUUUAUAGAACUUUUUUCACGGAAUAAUAAAAGCACCAUCUCAACAUG